UUCAAAUUCAGCUCCUCCUCCUUCUCUUCCUCCGUAUCUUAAUGUUCCUCCACACAUCUCAAUCAUGGUUUGUGAAGGUGAAGAAGAAUACGAAAUCAUGUUGCCACUCGGGUAUCGAUUUGUACCGGAGGAUCACGAGCUAAUUUUGUUUUUCCUCCACAAGAAGAUCUUGGAUCGGAAAAUCUCUGUCAAUAUCAUUAGAGACAUCGAUUUGUAUAACCAUGACCCUCAUGAACUCUCAGAGGAUGAAUUCAAGCACGGUAGAAUGAAUAAUGAAGCCUACUACUUCACACAAAUAGAUCCAGAAUACACAACAAAGUCAUCACAAAGAAGAAGCACCAAAUCCGGUUUUUGGAGAACAAUCGAAGAGGAUGAGGAGAUAGUUCACGAGGAAGAAGUGAUUGGAUUCAAGAAAACUUUGGUUUUUCAUUGGAGAAGUAAUGAAAGAAGAGAUUGGAGUAGCCCUUGGCUUAUGCAUGAGUAUAGAGUCAAUCCUGAAUCGUCUCAGAUUGAAUCACUCGAUGAAACUGCUCGGGAAAAGAUGGACAGAUAUGUAUUAUGCAGGAUUAAACUUGAUGAGCAUGAUUGAUAAAGUUGGAGAUCCAAUGAGUCUUUUUUGUUUAUUAUUAAGCCUAUGCAGGGGGAGGGUUCGGGUUGUUUAGAUAGGAAAUAUAUAUAUAUAUAUUGAAACCUCCCAAACCCUCCCUUCCCGGAGAACUGCAUAAGUAGCCUCUCGCCGGUUUUCUUUUUUUCCUUUCUUUCCUUUUUUUUUUUUUCAGCAUAUGUU